AUGAAGCUUCUAUACCCUACCUCCGUGAAACUCGAUGUGCCGAGUCUGCAAGGAUUCGCCGUCUCUCUUCACCCUUACGAUGUCAAAUCCACCAUUCCCGAGGAACACGUCGACGCCGAGAUCCUCAUCACAUGGUCCAACAGCGCCGAGAAUCUCAAGGAUGCGGCCCAACGCCUGAAGAACGUGAAGUGGAUUCAAUCACUCGCCGCCGGCCCCAACGACGUUCUGUCCGCCGGCUUCGAUUCGUCCAAAACACUGGUCACCACGGGUGUCGGGCUUCACGACUACCCCGUCGCGGAGCACACCAUGGGUCUAUUGCUCAACGCAGCAAGACACUUUUACGAGAUGCGCGACUACCAGUUGCAAUCCAAGUGGCCCGGUCAUCUGGGCGGGUCUUUCCCACGCUCGGAUUUCACCACACUGCGAGGCGCCCGUGUGCUCAUCUGGGGAUACGGAAGUAUCGCCAAGACCCUGACUCCCUGCUUGAACGCCCUCGGUGCGCAGGUCAAGGGCAUUGCCCGCAGUCAAGGGGUGCGCAAUGGGGUCGAGGUGUACGCCGAGGACAAGUUGCCCGAGCUUCUCCCGGAGACGGAUGCGCUGGUCAUGAUUCUGCCAGGCUCCGACUCGACUGUGAAUGUGCUCAAUGCAGAGAGGCUGGAGUUGCUUCCCAAGCACGCUUGGGUUGUCAACGUUGGCCGUGGAGUCUCAAUUGACGAGGAUGCGCUUGCGGAUGCCUUGGAGAAAGGAGAGAUUGCGGGAGCUGCCUUGGAUGUGUUCAAGCAGGAGCCUCUUCCAGAGUCUAGUCGCCUCUGGAAGACGCCGAACCUGAUCAUCUCUCCUCAUGCUGCUGGUGGGAGACCGCAGGGUUGUGAGGCGCUCAUUACGGAGAACCUGCGUCGGUUCUUGGCGGGUCAGGAGCUCAGGAACAUUGUAUGA